AUGUUUGACCAUGAUUCGGACAAGGCGCGGGCGUCGGGCUUUUCGCUCGAUGGCUUUGACAAUAUGAGGGAACAUAAUUAUUUCUCCUCGGGAGACGGCUUAGGCUCCAUCGCCCCGUCCCAGCUCUCAAGGAUGCCCGACGACAUGUCCCGUAUGGACUCGCACGCAAUGGACUGGACCCCAACGCCGACUGGCCAAGGCUCUCAUUUUCGCAACCAAAAUACGUUUCACGACCAAGAGGACUUGAUCGACUUCGACGACAUGACGCCAGCACAGCCACAAGUCAGUGGUGUAGGACGCCUGGUGGCCCAGUUUGAAAACAAGGACUAUGUACCUCCGCUGCCACCGCGGCCCAUCAUGAAUACCGCUCCCAGCCCUGCGGAAACAGAUCCGUCAUUAACGAAUUCCUCCUUCUCAUCAUAUUUUAGCAGUUUUGCCGGCGCAGCACACGUUAACCAUGCACCAAGCCCUGUCGGUAGCCCCGUCGACUCACACUAUGGAUCUUUUGGCGACGUACUCUCCAGGAUCACGAGCCCGCAGGAUAUCAACAGCAUCGAGUCCAGCUCGCCCCUGCUAACCUUUGGAACAUUUCCCAAUGCGCGCAUCGCAAGCCCGCAUAUCAGCGCCGUUCGGUCUCAUGCUGUACCAGGCAUAUCGCAGUUUGCGGAUGAGAGAACGCGGACUCCCUUUACCGGAGAACACAAAACCAUGCCGAAUCCCGACAGCAUGGAUACCGACUCUGGCAUGUUCGGCGACGUUGAGCGCAACAUUCUUACCUUUUUGAAGUCCGAGCUUGAUGGCGGCAACCGCCUGCAAAGCCUGCAGCCUACGCCACAAGAAUCUCAGCAGAUGCAGCAUGUGACUCCUCAGGCGACUCAGCAGAUGAAUUUUGCGCCAGUCCAACAAGUGCAUCAACAGCUGAGACAACAAUUGAGCAACAGGACGCAGCCGUCGAUAUCUCAAUCGAUCCAAUCAAACCAACCUACUCAGCCGUUUCAGCAGACCAAGCCGACUCCGUUCAGCCAGCCAAAUCAGCCAGCCCAGCCGACUCGACCAACCCAGCCAGCUCAACCUACACCACCUGCCCAGGCCAGUCGACCAGCCGAGCCUGCCCAGCAGCUUACCCGCCAACCCAGCACUCAAAGCAGCUAUCAAUCGACCCAGCAGCCGAAAUCACCUUUCCAAAGCUCUUUCGGGGGCUCAACCACGUCUGGGACACCAGGCUUCUCGAUAUGGCGUCCUCCAUCCUCGCCCGAGAUCAAGGAAGAGCCGACAGCCGACAGCCCUGUCAUGUUCUCAAAGAGCCUGUUUGAGAAACCGCCAAUUCCGCCAAAGCCCAAGCCGAUUCAAGAAGCGCAACAGAUCACGCUGGAUUUCAGCUUGUCCGCCAAAGACAAGGGGAAGGCGCCAGUAAAACCACCGAAGCCUCCCAAGCCACCCCGUUCGAAACUACAGCCACCACCACCUCCUCCGCCUCGGCCUCUGGACACUAGCAAUCUCAGCGCCGGCCCUAGUAGCGAGCAGGUACCGCAGACUCCUGCGACGCCUGCAACCCCCGCGACCCCUUCAACGACGGCAGAUGUUACUUCACCUGGACCUUCGACCUUGAGACAGGCGGUGUCUGCGCUUCGAGGCCACGGUUUGCGUCCAGGCAGGGAACUAGUCCCGGCUGAGAUUUGGGAACACCACAAGCCAACCAUUCGCUCACUAUACUUGGAUGAUCGCAAACCUUUGAAAGAAGUCAUGUCCAUCAUGGCGGAAAAGUACAACUUUCAGGCCACGCCCAAAAUGUACAAGACACGGUUUUCGCAAUGGGGAUUCGCCAAAAACAAUACCGAAGACGAAGUGAAGAGGCUGUUGUCGAUGAAGUUUCAGCGCGAUGCCGAGGGCAAAAUUUCCGAAUUCGUACGCAACGGCCGCGUGGUGAAUCUCGGCACCUAUCUCAAGCGCAAAGGCGUCACCGAGUACGACCUCAUCGAUUUCGAGCAGCCUGUUGAUCUGCCGGCCCAUAUCCGCUGCAGAACCCCGACGCCGCCGCCGCCGCCCAUUUACUUUCACACGCCCGAGCUGGUGCGCGCCCAGGAGAUUCUCGUCGGCAACGUCCGCAAAGCCUUUCUGCAGUGCCGCCAGUUUGAGACGGACGUCGGCACGGAGGUCGGCUGGACCGUCGUCCAAACGUGGGGUGCCUGGUCCUCUGAGAUUCUCCUGGAAGCCAACUUCUUCUUCGAGGCUCUGGACACGGACACUGGCGGGCAGAGCCUCAUGCGGGCAUUUAAGCAGCUGGAGCAGGACCUCAAGACGCUGUCGCCUCUGGGUAUCUUUGAGCUUCUGACCGGCAUGGCGAACCGCGACCUGGGCCUCGUCGCCUCGCUCUGCAAGUAUCUCGCCGCGCACUCGACCACCAACCUGGACCGCAAUCACCCGAUGCGCGUCAUCUUUAACUGCCUGUACGACGUGCAGCAGAAGCACGGCGCGGCUAUCCUAUCGGAGCUGCUCUGGGGCUGCUCGCCGCUCAUCGCCAACGAGCUCGAGGCCAUCUACGGGCGCCGGCACCCGUACGUGGUGCGGGCCUGGCUCGACCUCGCCUACUUCAACAACCACGUGAACUUUGACCGGCUGCAGAAGAUUGCGCUCGAGCUGCGCGCGGUGCAGAAGCAGCUGGAGCAGAAGAAUGGCGAGACGGACGCCGAGGUGCUGGUGGUGCGCUAUGCGCUCCUGCAGCUCAUGUACGCGACGGAGCCCAAGUCGGACAACACCAAGCACGCCACCACGGAGCUGUGGGUGACGCUCAAGGGCAUGAAGGUCCUGUGCCGCAUCCGCGACUCCAAGUCCAACGCGUACUGCUACCACAGCCCCGUACGGCUGAGCCCGUGGACGAAGCGCUGCCGCCGCCGCUACGACGCCGCCGUCGCCAUCUUCGAGGAUCACCUCGGCGUCAAGCUGCACCCGUACUUUGAGGAGGACCUGCACACCUCGCUGCACGAGCUCGACUCUGGGGACUCGUGGGCCACGGCGCUCGACCAGCCGUCCGGCGGUAGCAAUCGACUGGGCUACAUCUGA